AUGCCCUUCAACGUUGAGCUCGUAGGAGAAGUAAAGUUCGACGAGAAAGCUUGGGGUCACUUAGUGUUGGAUCCUAAUAUCAAGACUCUCAUCAAAGGUCUCGUCGAUGUCACACGCAAUGCAAACUCAACCCGAAAGAUCGUUUUCGACGUGAUAUCUGGUAAAGGGGGAGGAUUGAUAGCGGUUCUGCAUGGUCCGCCCGGGACCGGAAAGACGCUAACCGCUGAAGCAGUGGCGGAGUACCUACAAAGACCGCUGUACAUGGUUGGAGCAUCGGAGUUAUCGACAGAUCCUGAGGACCUAGAGGACAACCUGCGUGGAAUUCUCAGCGACGCAGUCCUGCUGAUAGAUGAGGCUGAUGUCUAUCUGGAGCAAAAGAGUCUUCAUGAGCUGCAGCGCAACUCCUUAGUAUCAGUGGCCCUUCGCGUCUUGGAGUACCAUCGUGGAGUCUUGUUCCUUACUACGAACAGGAUACAAAGCUUCGAUGAAGCAUUCCUCUCUAGGUUUUCAAUUGGUAUCAAGUAUCCGGAGUUGGAGAAGGAUGCUCGGAAAGCAGUUUGGAAGAAGUUCUUCGAAUUGGCUGGGACGGACAUAUCUAAGAACGAUAAUACGGAUGCCGUUCAAGGGAUAUCCGAAGGUGAACUGGAUGAGCUAUCCGCCAAACCAUUCAAUGGCCGUACAAUCAAGAAUCUCGUCCGGACUUCGCAAGCGCUUGCUCUGUCUGCAAAUGAACCCCUAACGAUCGACCACGUCAACGUGGUCGUGCAAGCCUCCCAGAAAUUCUUGGACGAAUUCGCGCUGACACACGCCGCAGCGUGA